AAAUGCAUUGCCUAUUGAAUAUAUGCAUUGAGUUUUACUUUGAUUUUUUUUUACUAAUGAAAUCUUAUUAGAAUUUUAUGUUCUACACUGUAUUCAUCCUGUUGAACUAAUGUAGGGUUAUAAGGUUAUUUUGUAUAGCCCGGAUUUAACAAAUGACUGUCACUUUUUGACCUUAAAGUGCAUUCCUGUAAUGUUUAUAUAUUAUGUAAAACUGAAACUUAGAAAUAAUGAACAGAGAGAAUAAGUUUGUAAGGAUUUUUGAUAGUUGUUUUUCACCUACGUGAAGCUGGCACCCCCAUCUUCCAAAAUAUUGAACUAGCGCUGUUGUUUGUCUGUGCUACGUUUGUGUCGUAAAAUUUUCGUUUGUGCUAUUAAGGCUUUGGAGUAAUUAAAAAAAUAUUUUGACCUGUGACGUCACGCAGCCCCCCCAUCUGCGUCCAAAUCACUCCAAAUUAGUCUCUAUAGUUUGUGACACGUUUAUGCUGGUUUGUGCUGUUUAGCUAAACAUUAGUGCUUUUAUGGUUUUUACAGUUUAUUUUUUCACACACAUGACGACACUUUAAUACUGUGUACUAUGUUUUUUCUACCGUGAGCUGCCAAGCAACGACAUCUCAUCCAACGUAUGCACUGAUGGUGUAUUGUUAACAGUAAAACUUGACACAUUAACUUGGUGUAUUCUUGACAAAGAAAAUGAUUAGCAAAGAAAAUGAUUAGCACCGUAUAAAAAAUAUAAAUAAAAUAAAUGUAUUGCCACGCUAACACAGAGAUGUCACAGAAGUUGUACAGUUGUUCCUUUCUGUCUAACAAACCCAUAUCUAAUUAGAGGUGUGGUUAGUUGUCAUGGUGCUCUACGUCACACAGGCCUCUCUUCAAUAUUCCAACAGUAUUUCUAGUCCUGACAAUCCUGCUCACAUCAGAGAUCCUUUGGAGCUAAAGGCCAGAUCACAUGAUACCAAAGGUUUCUGAUUCUCCUUAACUGAUUGUCUAUUGUAUCUUUGCACCUGGUCCUGAUUAUUCCAAAUGCAUGGACACUAAAAAUAUCUCAGAGCAACUUUUGUCCAAUGAAUCAGGAAAUGUGACUGUUGUAACUGCAGUGACUAUUCCAUAUAUAUUUUGCAUUUUCUGUGGUGUGUUAUCUGUUCUGAUUAUGGGUGGAAACCUGCUUGUGAUCAUUUCCAUCGUUUACUUUAAACAGUUACACACUCCUACAAACUACCUAAUGCUGUCUCUGGCUGUGGCUGACCUACUCGUAGGUAUUUUUACAUUGCCUUUCACCAUUAUACUCUUUGUGACUUCAUACAGUUCUGUUCAAGGAAUACUUUGUACGGUUCGGAGUGGUCUGGACUCUAUUUUAUGCGUUACUUCAAUCUGGACUUUGUGUUUUAUUUCUGUGGAUAGAUAUUACGCUGUAUGUCAACCUCUGAGAUACAGGAAUGAAAUAACUGGCCGUGUUAUUGGGAUAAUGAUCUUGGCAUCUUGGACUGUUGCCACCGCAAUUGGAGGCACGCUAACAUUUCAGUCCCCAGACAUAGGGCAAUCUAGCACCAUGUGUGUUUUAUUUCAGAAUAAAAUGCUGAAAUCUUUAUUACUUGGAACUUUGUUCGGAUUUUGUAUCCCAGCCAUUAUUAUGACUGCAAUCUACAUAAAGAUUUUAUUAGUGGCUCAAAGACAGGCCUGCAAGAUCUUAAACAUGUCAAAGUCUGGUACAACAGUUAGUAGGAGCGAAAGAAAGGCAACUAAAACUCUGGCUAUUGUGAUGGGUGUUUUCAUGAUAUGCUGGGUGCCCUUUUUUAUCAGUGUCAGCUGCCAUGCUUUGAGCAAUUACUCAACACCAUCCUCUGUUGUUCAGUUCUUCAAAAUGUUAGGCUGGACAAAUUCAAUGUUUAAUCCAUGUGUGUAUGCCUUCUUUUACAGACAUUUCAGAUUAACUUUUGGGAUGGUUAUCAAAGGGAAGAUAUUUAAAAAAGAUUUUUCUAACAUGAGACUCUGUUAAUUCCUUCUGACAUAUCUUUUGAAAUUUCAACUUUCACACACAAAUACACAAUCGGAAUUUGUAAAUAUAUGUAGAAUUUUCUGUCACCGCCUUCAAAACCCCCUGGGGCUGCAUGUUAAAUAAAGCCACAGAUAUAAAUCAUUAGCAAAUAUCUUAGGAGAUCAUUUCAAUGAUGCCUGCUUUUUUGGAAAUAAUAAUUCAUUGUACGAUAAAAACAUGUAUGUUUCCACCUUUAUCUCAUCUUUAAUGAAAGACGCACGGAAAAACAAAACUAAAAAACACAUAAACAUGUAUUUACCCCGGAAAUAUGUAUGCAUCAAUCAUGGAUGUAAUAUACUGCAGGUAUGUCAAUAAAUGCAUUGCCUAUUGAAUAUAUGCAUUGAGUUUUACUUUGAAUU